AUGAAUAAGGCUACUAAAUGUGCAUUGUUCGCCUUGGUGAUUGUUGGGAUAAUCGUCGCUAUUGCGGUUAUUCUUAUUGUUACUUUAACUGGUAAAAAGAAUGGCACAGAAACAAAUGAUCGGGUUAUGUACUAUGCAAUGUAUCUCGGAGAUUGGCCACCGAUGGCACGACGAGCUUUUAUGCCAUCCUCAGAUCAUCAGAAUCAUUGUAGCUUAGAACUGAAUCUGGAUCAUACUCGUGAUUCGAUUUUGGCAAUGAAUGAUUUGGAGCAGCGGUACAGUUUUAUACUUUUCACUGAUUAUAUAGUAGAAACCACCGCACCUGUGGACAAAGAUAAAGCGAUAAUAAAAUUGGGGGAAAUCGGUCCGGAAGCUCGAGGACCGGAUGAUUUCAAUCAGAAAUUGGUUAUGAAGAAGUUUAUAGAAGAAAGACGAAAUGAAGAUCUUCUUGUCUACUACAUUCCGUGCAAGUUUAGCUACAGCAAGGAUGACAAUGAUCUGAAGGAUUUUGUGAACGAAAUGAACAAAGCGGAUGUAUCGAAGAGAACGUUGAUCGUUUCUAAUACGCAAUCAGAGCAAAUUCUACGAGAACUGUACGUGAUGGGAAGCGAAAACGUUGUAGGUUACGACAGCAAAGACAUUCCCAGAAGAAUUUCCGAAUUCGGUCACAUCAUGUACAAUUUUACCACUUUGACGCCACCAUUCUUCACCGAUCUACCGCCAAAAGUAACGGAUGUUCCUGUCGAACACACCACCGGUAACGGAACAACGUCCACUCCGACACCGACAACAAAACUUGUACCUACAACAACCAUUACUUCCACCCGGGAACAAAAACCCACAACCUCAACGAAAGUCACAAAAAAUAUUCCCACCUCAACAACAACAAUCCCUGUUCUUACUGAAAGUACAGACACACCUACAGUGCCGGAGAGGGAGACGACCACUUCACCUACUCAGAAACCUGAAUCCGAAACCACAACUACAAUGAAAGUGACAGAGGUGCCGUUGUCGUCUACAACGUAUACAGCUUCAACAGAAACCACUGCCAAACCAUUUCCGCCAUCCACAGCACCUCCUCCAAAGGAGAAUAUACACUGUCUUAUGGUAGGGGACCUGUACAACUAUGACGCCAACAGAACCGCUUACGAAAAGGAAGUGGGCCUUAUGAAUGAGAUCAACGUCGGCCUCUUCGAAGCCGAAGGUUUCUCCAGCUUGGGUCUCUGGAUAUAUGGACACACAGAGUUGUUCACGUCCCUUGACGAAGCUCUUACGUACAUGAGAACUUCACCCAUUGAGUUUAUGGCGGAUCUACAGGAAAUAUCCUACAGUCCCGUGGACCAACCGUUAUCAACUGCUGGAGCCAUUGAAAAUCUGAACAAUUUGACGGAUGACAAGGAUCGUGUGAACUGCUUAAUCUUUUUCUCUGCCCAGGAGAAAACGGCCAAUCUACCGCUUUUGGAUCCCGAUCACAAUAAGUCCGGAAUCAAUAGAAUUGUGGCCGUCGGCCUAAGCGACACAAACCUCCACCGAGUUGUCGUCCCUCCACGAGGAAUUGCCGUCCAAGUUCCCUACAGUUACACACCAAAAAACGUUGAUGAAGUAGUCGCUGCUGUGAUGGGAAGGAUUGAACAUAAUUCUACCACAACCGUCCCAAUAAAAUCGACGACGAUUCUUGAGCGGAAAACCUCCACAGUGACUGCUGAUGGUCCUGCAACGACAGUUACAAGAGAGUCACCGAUACCAAGAGGAAUUCGUUGCCUUUUUGUUUAUGAUCUGUACAAUUUUGGCAACGAUGAGGAAGCAUACGACAAGGAAAACGCAUUUGUGGCUGACAUUGGAGAAGGUCUUUUCACCACGACAGCGAAUUUGGCCGCUGGACUUUGGGCCUAUGGUCAUACUUCUAUCGAUAAAACUCCCGACGAUGCUUUGAAUGAAAUGCAUUCCAUUUUUCAUUAUUUCAAUGUGGGAUUGGCUGAGCUGGAUUACGACGACACAAAUGGUGAUCCACUGUCUACAGAACAGGCAAUCGAGAGGAUCAACGAGACUAAGGACAAUAAUAAACGAGCAAAUUGCUUGGUCUUUUUCUCAGCACAGCAGAACACUUCGGAUUUACCGCAGUUGAGCCCUCCCUACAUGAGCCUGGACCGUAUCGUGGCUGUUGGCUUGAACAAUACGGAUCUAACUAGGAUAAUUCCGCAGCAAGGUGUUGCCAUCAGCGUACGUUACGAUUAUGAGAAUAAAGACGUGAAAGCAGUUGUGGAUGCAAUUCUGGGAGGGAAACAUACAGAAAAACCAGAAAGUUCAACUACUACAGUACCCACAACAAAAGAGUCUGCUACAACGAAGAAUGCUGACGUUACUGACACUGAAGCGCCUGUAACAACAACUUCACCAGAAGUUAUCACUGAGAAACCCACGACGACCUUAUCUGUCGCAUCAACAGAAACUACAGCACCGCCUCUGAAUAAGAGUUUACAUUGCCUCUUGGUAGGAGAUCUGUACAAUUAUGGAGCAAACGAAACUGCAUACAUGAACGAGGUGGAUUUCAUCGCUGAUGUCAGUUACGAUCUUUUCAAAGCUGAACGCUUUGCAAGUCUUGGUCUGUGGUUAUAUGGACAUACAGAAUUAUACUCAUCUCUUGAGAAAUCUCUCAACAAUAUGAAGACUUCGAUAGAUGAUUUCCUGGAAGAUCUGUGGGAAAUAAAAUAUGCUGCGGUGGAGAAGCAUCUGUCAACCGCUGAAGCUAUCGAAGAACUGAACAAUUUGGUGGAUGAGAGGAACCGUGUGAACUGCUUGAUCUUCCUCUCGGCACAGGAAAACACGACCGAUCUUCCGUCUUUUGAUCUCGAACGCAGUAACUCGUCAAUCAAUCGAAUUGUUGCCGUCGGUCUCAGCGAAACUAACCUCACAAAAAUAGUCGUCCCUCCACGAGGAGUUGCUCUGAGCGUUUCUUACAACUACACAGAGAACAACGUUGCUGAAGUGGUCGAUGCUGUUCUCGGAAGAGAACCAUCCAGCACAACGCCAGAAAUUCCCACCACUAAAGUAUCCGCUUCAACGGAAACUUCCAAAGUCACGACAUCAGAAGUGCCUACGACUACACAGGAUCCUAAGGUUACCACAAGCGAGUUGCCAGUCUCUAAGACUUCUCCAGAAGUUAAUACUGAAUCACUCGAGACGACGUCAUCUAUAGCAUCCACAGAAUCUCCAGUUCCCAUGAAGUCGAACGUUCAUUGUCUCUUCGCUGGAGAUCUCCUUAAUUUUGAUCGGAAUACCACUGCUUACGAAAGGGAAAAAGAGCUGAUCACUAACAUUGGCAAAAAACUAUUCGAAACAACAGCAAAUGCUACCGGUGUGGUUUGGGCCUACGGCUACACGACAGGGCCAGCAGGAUUAAAGACUACGUUCACUGCAAUGAAGGACAACUUUGUCGAUUUCAAAAACGAUGUUGACACGAAGAUGAAAUAUGAAGCGAUAGAGAAACCGAAUCUUAAUAAUGCUGCAGCGAUAAACAAUCUCAAUGAUGCCAGUGACAGGAACAAAAAUGCAAACUGUUUGGUGUUCUUCUCAGGACUGACAAAAGCUAAAGGUGUGAGCAAAUUAGAUCCUGGAAAAAAGGGAAACAAUGAAUUUAAGAAAGUUGUUGUGGUCAGUUUAAGUGGGGCUGACUUACGCACAAUUAUCGAUCCACCAAGAGGAGCAGCAGUUACCGUUAGCAGAAAAUUCUCUGAAGAAGACGUUAGAAACGUAAUGGAGAAGAUUUUGGAUGCCAACUACUAG